AUGCCCCCGUCUCUGGAGGAAGAUGAAUAUGAAGAGGAAGUUGACGAGACCAUCGACCGCAAUGCUCUUGAUCAAGACGAAGAGGGCAGUGAUGAUGAAGACUUUGGAUUAGAUGAUUUGUCCAGCGAUCCUGAAGAAGAGGAGAAAAACGAAGACCACAGGCGGACAAAGAAGAAGACAAAACGAAAUCAGUUUGUUGAGACGGAGGCCCUUGUCGGAGAUGAUGAGGAGGACGAAGAAGAGAGUCGAUAUACACGUAGAAGACGCUCGGGCCGUGCAUCCCGUGAAGAAGAGGAUGAGGAGGAGGAUGAUUUUAUUGAAGAAGAUGAGAGCGAGCUUCUUGAAGCACAACAGACAUAUUCCAGGCUACUAGCUGAGCGCAGGGCUCAUCCACGGGCCCUUGCAGAUGUAGACGACCAAACAUUGGCAAAAGAGGCUGAAGAAGAGACUCAGCGUAUCAAGUCGCUUUAUGGACGCUCUUCAGCAGCAGAAGCUCGAGCAGCAGCAGCAGCAGCAGAGGAGCAGGGAUUCCUUCCAGAAACCUUUUUAACGCCAACUGUGCAAGAUCCAAAGCUGUGGAUGGUGCGAUGCCGCCCCGGUAAAGAGCGUCUGCUUGCCUUCAAUAUGAUGCGUCGCUAUUUAACCAUGACGGCAUCUGCAGACCUCUCCGCAGAAGCUGUACCUAAAAUCUUUUCUGUGGUAGUCAGAGAGCCUCUUUUAAAGGGUUUUAUUUAUGUGGAGGCCUUUACCAAGCAAGAGGUGCUCACCUUUUGUGAGCGAAUGCCCAAUUGUUGGAGCUCUUCUAUUACUCUUGUGCCGAUCAAUGAAAUGCCUGAAGUUCUUCGGCCUUCAGAACGAUAUCAAUCUUCCACUUCAGGCUCCGGAGCGGCUCAUGGGCUCAAGUCUGGUGCUUGGGUUCGCAUCAAAAGGGGAAAGUAUGCUAAUGAUCUGGCCCAAGUGCUUGCUGUUGACGAGGGCGAGGAUGGCCUUGCCAUCGCUAGACUGCGGCUCUUACCUCGACUCUCAUUUGGAAAAGGUGGUGGAGGCCAUGGUGCAGCGGUUACAGAAAGGCCCUCUGCCCAGCUAUUUAACCCGGUUGAAGUAGCCGAGCGGGCCCGUUUAUUGGGAAUACCAGGCCCCACUCGUUCUUCUACUCCUGGAUAUUGGAUGUUCGGUGGAGAAUAUUUCAAGGAUGGGUUUUUAGAGCGGGAAAUUAAGGCUACAGGCGUCGAGGUCCAGACUAUGCUUCCCACGUUGGAUGAGCUUGAGGUUUUUGGCGGAUUCUCUGCGGUUGACGCUGGAAGUGCUACGGAUGCAGCCAUUCUUUUCAUCGAACGUGGUUCAAGCGUCCUUGUGACAGAGGGCGAAUUGCUUGGCCGCAAAGGCAUUGUUGAGGAUAUCAUUGAUGAAGGGGAAAUUGCCCUGGUCUCUUUUGAUCAACAAACGACCUUAUCAGUUCCCAUGAAAAGCCUUCGUAAGAUUUUUCAAAUCGGCGAUUCUGUCCGAGUGCUCCGCGGUACUUCGGCUGGGACUGUGGGGUUAGUUACUCGAGUUCAAGGCGUGCGUGUUACUCUCUUUUCGCAAAGCUCAAAGUCAGAGUUUGAGGUUCUUGCUAGAGAUCUUGGUCCUUCAGAAGCCUCUAAUUCGGAAGACAACAUGUAUGGACGGAGUGGCUCUAAAGCUGCUAUUUUCGGGCGCCCUGAAAAUAUCACAUUUGCCAUUGAAGAGCUUGUGAUGUUGGCUGGCCACGGGCCUGGACUUAUUGUAAAAAUUGACACAUCCUCCAAAGAGCCGUUCUUCAUCAUCGAUUCUCAUUCAAUUCUGUGCGAACGGAUCAAGGAAACUUCCAUUCAGAAACUUCGACCCAGCAAGUUUGCAAUGGAUUCGGUCGGGGCUGUUAUAAGCAUUGGAGACACCAUCCAGAUGCUUCAUGGUGCUUCACAGGUGAGCAAUUUAACGGGGCGAAUCGUCAGUAUCUAUCGGUCAACAAUUUGGGUUGCUCUUGCUCAGCCAUUUCCGAUCAUAGCGGUGCGGGCAUCUUCGGUGAUUCUUGCGAAUGGCGGUGGAACGAAGAUUCUUAAUCUACCACCUUCAGCUGCAAUGCGGCAGCAGAAGGGGGCGUCUUCCAGACGAUUGCGUGGACGCACAGUUUUGGUCCGAGAGGGCCCAUACAAAGGGCUCACUGCUCUUGUGAAAGAGCUUGAGCAUCAGGGCCAAGUCGCUUGGAUUGAGUUGCAUACUAACUCAAAACGAGUCAGUGUACCGGUUUCGGCUUUGAGUGAAGUUGAUAGUAAAGGCGAUAGUCAGGGACAUCCAGGUUCUUAUGGCCAACAGAAGGGAUUUUCAACUCCCAGUGGAUUCCCAAUGGUAGGUUCCAAUGCCGGGUUUGCAACACCAGCAGGUCUGGAGCGCUCUGGAUGGCGCACACCUGGCGCUGCCAAUGCCGGCUUUCGAACACCUGGAGGCGCGGGCGGUGGUCAAUUUGACCUGGGCUCACGUACUCCCGGCUAUUUUGGAGCAACAGCAACCGGGGGAGCAGGAGGAGGCGAUCGUACCCCGGCAUAUUUUGGCAUUGGAGAUCGUACUCCCUCUGGAUUUGCGAUGGGCUCUCGAACCCCCUCUGCAGGUUUCGGGGCAGCAGAAGGAUGGCGCACACCUGCUUCUGGUGGAUUUCUUGGUGGCACUGUUGGAGCCCGGAAUGCAAAUUUAGAAGGCGGAAGCGGUACUCCAACAUGGCAGCAAGGAACAGGUACGCCUACGUGGCAACAAGGUUCGGGUACACCCACAUGGCAACAAGGCAUGUCGCCCUGGGGAGCAGCUCCCCCUAUGUCUGGUGCUGUUUCCCCCUGGGGCCGCGGAUCAAUGCAGUCUAGCCAAGGACAUGGAACGCCAUCUUCAUCCUGGAACUCACAUAACUUUUCUGGAGGCGGCGGGAUGACUCCAUUAUCUGCCACUCACAGGGUUGAUGACAGUAAUGAUGAUGCCAACUUUGAAGCCUCCUGGGCCCGUCCAUCUCUACAUGUUAUGGCAUUAAUCAAUGGAGUCAUGAAGAGUGCCAUUGUCACAGGACAUUGUUCAGGAUCGUUGAUACCGAUUGAGAGCAUUGAGGAGCCAAAGAUUGUAUCAGAAGUGCCUCCCUCCCAGCUUAGGCUCCAAAGGCCGGUCAAGAAGGAUCGGGUGGUUGUGCUUGCGGGUGAUCAUCUCAAGACUACUGGAAUCCUUGUAGGCAUCGAUGGCGCUGAUGCCAUUGUGCGUGUUGAUGCGCCUUCCUCGCAGAACGCCUCGGGAUUUAUUAUUGUCCCUGCGUUACUUGUCGGCAAGCUUGGCACCUAA